AAUAGUGUGUAUUGUGGUCAUGGCAUAUAUGAAUUAGUUUGUUAGAGAAGUGACGAAAAAAAAGGUCAAAUCAAAAAAGAAAAUCAGAAGCUGAGAGUUCAUCAUUAUAUGAAGGAAUUAAUGUGGGAUUGUUCUCAUAGAAAUAAUACAACCUAUUCAAAUCCAUCGUUUAUAAUAGUAUUAUACGAAAUUUCUUAAAAUCAACACCUCUUAGUUGGGUUGCUUGAAUCUAGAUGUACUCAAUGUAGAGGUAGAUAGUAAUUAAAAGUAUAGAUACGGGUCAUCUGGGUGUUUAAUAAUUAUUAGAAAAUCGUUAUUAUUACUAUGAUUUUUGUUAUUGUCAUUAGUAUUCCAUACAUAUUGUUGUGAGUAUUAUUUGCCACCAUUGUUAUUCAUAUCAUUAUUAUAGCAGUAAGAUAACUGCACUUUUAGCCCCCCGCGUGUUAUCAGUGAAGAGCCUUUAAGGGAGAGAUACUCCAAGAAGACGGAGUUAUUAUGUCACUGUUUGAAUUAAACACUCAUAAAACAUUUAAUUUAAGUUGUGGGAACUUUUUGGGAGUUUCUUUUGAGGUAACCGAAAGUUGAAAUCGAGUACAAAACAUAAAUAUAAAAAAAGUAGAAAUAAACUCAGUAGUUCGGCCAUGGACCAACCGCAACGGCGCUUCCCUUCGUCACUCACUUCCCAUGAACCAUUGCGCGAGUCCGCUCAGUGAGAUGAAAAAUCCGACGUCUUCUUGGAGUAUCUUUCCCGUAAAGGCUCUUCGCUGAUAUACACGUGGGGAGUUCGGACACGUCGCUAUCUCGCUAAAAAGAUCCAAAUCUGAGGAUGAUGAGCGGGGACGUGGAGCGGCUGUUGAUCCAGUUUCAGGAUGAAGAAGGGGUGGUCCUGGGCUCCCCUUUCGACGUGCCUUUAGACAUCACCCCGGAAAAACUACAGCUGGUCUGCAAUGCACUGCUGCAGAAGGAUGAGCCAGUGCCGCUGGCGUUCUUCGUGCGUGGCGAGGCUGAGGUGGUGUCCAGUCUGGGAUCGUGUGUGCAGGCUCUCGGGGUCGAGACGGAGCAAGUCGUGCCGGUGGUUUACCAGCCUCAGGCGGUGUUCAGGGUCCGAGCGGUGGCCCGCUGCACCAGCACCCUGCAGGGACACACGGAAGCUGUCAUCUCCACCGCCUUCAGCCCCACCGGCAAAUAUCUGGCCAGUGGUUCCGGCGAUACCACGGUACGUUUUUGGGACUUGACGACUGAGACGCCUCACCACACCGCCAGAGGACACACACAUUGGGUACUGAGCAUCGCCUGGUCACCCGAUGGAAAGAAGCUGGCGUCAGGGUGCAAGAACAGUCAGAUCUUCCUGUGGGAUCCUGUGACGGGUGCACAGGUGGGGAAGACUUUGACCGGACACACCAAGUGGAUCACUUGGCUCAGCUGGGAACCCCUCCACCUCAACCCAGAGUGCCGGUACUUAGCCAGCAGCUCUAAGGACGGCUCGAUACGAGUCUGGGACACGGUGCUGGGGCGCUGCGAGAAGAUCCUGACUGGACACACCCAGUCAGUCACCUGUGUGAAGUGGGGCGGAGAUGGACUUCUUUACACCUCCUCCCAGGACAGAACGGUGAAAGUCUGGAGAGCCAAAGAUGGGGUCCAGUGCAGGACUCUGCAGGGCCACGCCCAUUGGGUGAACACCUUGGCUCUCAGCACAGACUAUGUCCUGCGCACUGGAGCGUUUGAACCCGCAGACGCCACGAUUAACCCCCAGGACCUCACUGGGUCGCUGGAAGAGCUGAAGGACAAGGCUUUGCAGAGGUAUAAUAAAGUCAGGGGUUCAGCUCCGGAGCUCUUGGUGUCCGGGUCCGAUGAUUUCACCUUGUUCCUGUGGAACCCUGCGGAAGACAAGAAGCCUCUGGCCAGGAUGACUGGACACAGCGCUCUGGUCAACCAGGUGCUCUUCUCCCCAGACACCAGGCUCCUCGCCUCCGCCUCAUUCGACAAGUCCAUAAAAAUCUGGGACGGACGCACUGGGAAGUACCUGACUUCCCUGCGUGGCCACGUGGGCUCCGUGUAUCAGGUGGCGUGGUCGUCAGACAGCAGGCUGCUGGUCAGCGGCAGCAGCGACAGCACGCUCAAAGUGUGGGACAUCAAGACGGGGAAGCUGAACGUGGACCUGCCCGGCCACGCCGACGAGGUUUACGCCGUGGACUGGAGUCCUGAUGGACAACGAGUGGCCAGCGGCGGGAAAGACAAAUGUCUCCGAAUAUGGAGACGAUAGACACACCUCCGUUCCCUUUCCUGACUUUUGGAAGAUGAUGUCACAUCUUCUCCGAUCAAGAAGCUCGACAGCUGGAGCAAAGGCGGCUCGGCUGUUCCUAAUCCCCCAUCUGGCUUCGUGACGCCGUCAGUGGGUGGAGGAGCUCUGGGUCCUGAUGCAAGGGCCCUCAGGCGGGAAUAUGAAUAACACCUUCAAGGUGUUUUAGCGGAGUUUUAAAACGGGAGAGUUCACGAUCGUCAGAACUUCCGACCGUUGAGCUACAUUGUAAAAUGUGCGUCGGUGUUGGCGUCUCACGUUGAAGAGUUUCCAUUGAUGUAAAGAUCUUUAAGUUUAAAGCAUGUUGUAGUGCCACGCCCACAUGCUGGAGCUAUAGACGGCACAUUUAUUUCUGAACACAGAAUGAAAUGCAUACAUUGAGAGAUUAGUAAAAGAUGUAACCUUACUAGAUGAACUAUAUACACACACACACACACACACACACACACACACUGCAGGCGACAGGUGGACCAGUGCAGCGACAGGUGGGAGUGUUUAAUACCCUCCUGUGUUUUUAAUGCCGACCACACUCACCUUCAGCCUUUAAUCUCCUGUCCGGGUCAGCAAAGCCUCGGCCUGCUGCUGGGAAUCAUGUAUUCAUUGAUACAAAUAAAUAUUUACAUACCAAAACCAGGGGAAUUGUUUUUACCUAAGUGUACAUGACCUGCGUGACCAUACAGGCCCCCGCUGUGUGAAGAAUCUGCUUUAAAUGAAGUGUUUGCAGACUCGAGGAGGUCGGGAACCAACCAGUCAACACAUUGUUUACGUUAGCCAUUCGUCUUCAGAGUUCAUUUCACAACAUUUAUAUUAAUAAAAUCUAAACUUAAAAGAAAAUAAACGAGACUUAAUGUUGUUCCGAUUUUUAAUAUGUUGUCAUAUUAAACUACUACUUUAUU